AGUCGAGUCCGAGCCGAAAGCCCGAAUUCCGAGCCGGAGCCGAGCAACGACGAUCGCUGCGGGCUCCGGCGGCGGCGAGACCACAGCACCGCCGCGUCGUAGAAGCCGCCCCGCCGGGUCGUACUGCGCGGGAUACUGCUCCCGAGUCAUUCCCGACGCUGGGUUCUCCUGUUCCGCAGCCUCCGACGGUCUCGUGAGUCGUGAGGACCGAGGGAAAGCAUCCACGGGCGCAGGGCUGGAUCUGAAGAGGAGUUGUUGACAAAUCGGAGGGCCGAGCCGGUCGUCUCGGCGGAUGGGAAAGCUGGUUGUCGCAGCGGCCGUGGCCGGGUGGGCGAUUCCGAUCGCGGCUUUGGUGAACUCGGUCGUGCCAGAGCCAUAUAUGGAUGAGAUCUUCCAUGUUCCUCAGGCACAGCAGUAUUGUCAUGGAGAUUUCUUGACGUGGGAUCCCAUGAUCACCACCCCUCCUGGCCUGUAUUAUGUUUCACUAGCAUAUCUUGCUUCUUUCUUUCCUGUUGCUUGGAUGUUUCGGGUAGCAGAAACAUUUGACGUACUUUGCUCCACAACAGUUCUCAGAUCAACUAAUGUUAUCAUGGCAAUGGUCUGUGCUGUUCUUUUCCAUGAUCUGCUUUUGUGCAUCCGGCCAGGAAUUGGAGAGAGGAAGGCAACUACCUAUGCUAUUCUUGUAGCAUUGUAUCCUGUUCACUGGUUCUUUACCUUUCUUUAUUACACUGAUGUCGCAUCAUUAGCUGCAGUUCUUGCAAUGUACCUGUUCUGCUUGAAGAAACACUUCUGGAUCAGUGCAAUGUUUGGUGCUUUUUCAAUACUUUUUCGUCAGACAAAUGUAAUAUGGAUUAUAUUUUUUGCUGCCAAUGGAGCUAUCUCAUACAUUCAAGAUCUGUACCCCAAGGACAAUGUUUCUCAUGAGAACAUUGAAGCAACACAUCAGUCAGACAAAGUAGUGUCUGGCAGGGAUAACAAAACUGCUGCUCAAGGUUUGAGAAGGCGGCGAAUUAAUAGUCCCAUGAGUAAGAAGGUGGUUGUUUCUGAAUCUAGUAAACUGUACAACAGUCUUGCAGAGGAAGUUUGGGACAUCUGCUUGAAGUUAUGGAAUUCGAAGUGUGAAGUUUUGAUUGCCUUUGCACCGUUUAUAUUUGUCAUGGUGGCAUUUGUUGCAUUCAUAAUUUGGAAUGGUGGUAUAGUACUAGGUGCUAAGGAAGCUCAUGUUGUUUCACCCCACUUUGCACAGUUUCUGUACUUCGGUCUAGUUUCAGCUGCUGCCCUCCUACCAUGGCAUUUUACUCCCAGUCGAAUAUUGGACUUGUUCCACUUGUCUGGAAAGAAUAAAACCUGCAGUUUUCUGGCAGUAUUGAUGGGUUUUGGUUUAAGCUUCAUUGCUGUACAUUUCUUCAGCAUUGCUCAUCCGUAUCUUCUUGCUGACAAUAGACACUAUACCUUCUAUAUUUGGAGGAAGGUUAUCCAAGUUAACUGGAUGAUGAAGUACAUGUUGAUUCCACUAUAUGUGUACUCAUGGUUCUCAAUCAUAAACAUCUUAGGGAAAACGCAGAAGAGGGUUUGGGUGCUAUCAUUUGUUCUGUCAGUUGCGCUAGUUCUCGUACCUGCCCCAUUGAUUGAAUUCAGAUACUAUACAAUUCCAUUUGUCACACUGGUUCUUCAUUUUCCAGUAAUUGGCAACGGCAAAUUGCUUGCUCUGGGGUUACUCUAUGUGGCUGCUGACUUGUUUACUCUGGUGAUGUUUCUGUUCCGACCAUUCCAUUGGGAACACGAGCCUGGGACGCAAAGGUUUAUGUGGUAGAUUAGGAUGAAGCACGUGAAUAGAGCAAGCUUUAUUUUACCAUAGUUUUGAUAUGAACUUCUAACAGGGCAGUUAAGCAUAAGUCUGUCUGGCCUAUUUGGGUCAUUGAGUGAAUCUUUGGGAGAAACCUAAACAACAGAGUGUCAGUUUCCUUUUCAUGUACGCUAGGUGUUCCAAUUAGCCAUUACACAAGUCAAAAGUGGACACCAGAUACAUUGUUAAUUGCAUGGCUUUCAAGGGCAACAGCAAUACAAGAAGUGUAGUGUCACACCACAGGUGCCUGUAGAAGUGAUACUGACAAUUUUGACGAGGUUGUCCUCUUUCAGUCCAUCUCAGCUGGCUGAAGGAAGAAGCUUUGCACAUGGACAGAUGGUUUAAGCUAAUAGCUAGCUGGUUGAGAUGAUUUUUUCCUAUUGAGCGGCUGUAAUUGAUAGAAUGCUUGUACCGUUAGCCGAUACCAUCUGGGACCUUUGUGCUUGCGAUGGGUUCAACAUUUGAUUUGAAUUUGGGUUUUGGCUGCA